CUCUGCAGGGAAGAGAUAAAGUGUCUUCUUCUUCUUCUUCUGCCUCCUCUCCAUCUGAACGCCCUCCCCCCACCCCAGCACCCAUCCUUCACACCAGCUUCUGGGGACCAAAACCAGAGAGGGAGUUGCACCAACAGUGGGAGGGGAAGAUGAGGAAAAAGAUAGGAGGAGUGCAUGGUUGAUCCUGCAGAAUGAACAAAGGCGUGUUGGUGAUUUAGUAGCUAUGCAACAGUGGCUCCACUGCUGCCUGGAUUUACGCCAAGCAUGCGUUGGAUUGGCCAAGGAGACUGAGUGCCCCUCCGUCCUCCGCAGGCCAGGGAGAGUGAUGGAGGGUGCGAAAGGUGGAGGGGGAGGGAGGAGGUGAAAGUAAAGGCUGCAUGGAGGAAGGAUGCAGUUUCAUCUGUGAGACAGUUCAAAUCAAAAGUCAGUAGAGUGUAGAUAAAUGAGUGACAUGGAAGAAAAAGUGGUCCUAACUGGAACAUGGAGAUGCAUUCAUCACUGUACGUUUUUAUUGUUUUGAGUUCUUCCCCCUGAGGUGUUGUGGCUCAUGGGAUGGGAUAGCCUAUUUAAUUUAUUUAGUCUUUAUUUGAUCAUUCACAGUGCAGGGAGAUAAACGAUUGGAGGAGACAGGGAUGACACAGAUCCUACAAGAUCCACCGGAGCCAGCAGGGCGCCCCGCUGCAGGAUAAAUUGUUUGAUGUAAUUUUCUCCUCAUGAGAGCAGCAGGAUUGGAUGAUGCAUAAUGAUCCUGCUACCAAACCAGCAGCUUGGACAGCAGUUAAUGGCAACUCAUACGCAAAGCCCAGGAGAGCCCUCCUCCUCCUUCUCCUCCUCCUCCUGUAAUUGGUCUCCUGCUGCAGCUCCGGGCUCUCUUCACGGUGGAGGCGCCCCCGUGUGGCGGGCAGGAGAAGCGCGGACGCCGCGGGGGGUUUAAAAGCCCCGGCUGAGGAGGAGCGCCGCACAGUACCAAGGAGCUCCACACCGGGAAAAGUUUAUCUCCAACUACUACAGUCGAUUAAAAGGAGGGAGAAACAGCAGAGAUGGCAACCCAAGCACAGCAGCCGCCCCACCUGCACCUGGCUGAGCUCACCGCAGCGCAGUUCAUCGACAUCUGGAAACAUUUCGACGCAGACGGAAACGGUUACAUCGAAGGGAAGGAGCUGGAAAACUUCUUCAAAGAGCUGGAGACUGCGAGGCGAGGAGCAGGCGUGGAUCCUACACAUGUUGCAUUCAAAGAAAAGAUGAAGGAGUUCAUGGCCAAAUUUGACAAGAACGCUGAUGGGAGAAUUGAGAUGUCAGAGUUGGCUCAGCUUCUGCCCACAGAAGAAAACUUCCUGCUCUGUUUCAGAGAGUUUGUGGGAUCCAGCUCUGAGUUCAUGGCUGCCUGGCGAAGGUAUGACACCGACCGCAGUGGAUACAUCGAGUCGAAUGAGCUGAAGGGUUUCCUGUCAGACCUGCUGAAGAAGGCUAACAGAAACUAUGAUGAUAAGAAGCUCAAUGAGUACACACAGACAAUUCUAAGGAUGUUUGAUCUUAAUGGCGAUGGUAAGCUGGGCCUCUCUGAGAUGGCGAGGCUCUUGCCCGUCCAAGAAAACUUCUUGCUGAAGUUCCAGGGCACCAGGCUUACGGUUAAAGAAUUCGACUCCCUUUUCACUCUCUACGAUAAGGAUGGUAAUGGCUAUAUUGACGAGCAGGAGCUGGAUGCUUUGCUGAAGGACCUCUGUGACAAGAACAAAAUGGAUGUGGGAGCAGGAGGACUUGUGGGGUACAAGAAGAGCAUCAUGGCUCUGUCGGAUGGAGGGAAACUGUACCGCACUGAGCUGGAGAUUGUCCUCUGCCGGGACUCCACACUGUGACCUCCCUGCCUGGGACAUUGCCAUCCCCCGCGCGUCCCCUCCACUACUGCCUCCUCCUUCUUACCUCCUGAUGUAACCUGGUGCAUGUAUGACCCUUAACCUUGCUACACCACUUAGAGUGAAAACAAAAGUGCGCCUGAAAGCACACAGUGUACUGCUGGCCCUGAUGUUCUAGCUUUUUACCCCUCUGAAGCUUUUUUUUAAUUUAACUUUACAUGCAGUCCCAUAGUGAAAUACCUAUAGCAAUGAUUACUUAAAUAUAUUGUGUACUUACUAUAUUAAUUUGACCUCCCAUUUUUAAUAUGCAUUUGUAUUUUUACAUUAAUCUCAUAUCUAUAUAUGUUCCUCUCCCACUUCUAUAGCAUCUGUUCAUUUAUUCUAUUUAUUUAAAUUUGAUCUUGUUUUAUUUGAUGAGGCUUGUACUGUUCAAUUAAAGACAAUACUGAGAGAAUGA